AUGCAUCUGCCACUCAUCGAACUCCUCUUUUCUACGUCUCUUACGACAUCGCGUCCAGUGGCAACUCGGUCGAUUCGUCGUCCAAUUGACGUUAUAGUUUCUGAUAUGUUCAUUACUGAUUUAUUUGUUUUACCACCUGUUUCCGAAGCUCUUCGAAAAGGUCUUAUUGCUUACUUUUUUCUACCAAACAGCUUGGUAGCUUUUGUGGACCUUGCCGACACUUUCAUUAAAAAGGUUAAAAGUGGGGAAGUAGGCUCAAACUAUGAAAAUCUGAUGUACCAGACAAUUGCUCCUAUUAAAGGAAUCAUUUGUAAUUCAAUUCUCGAAUUUGAUAAAGAAGUUCUACGUACGCUACGCCAACGGUCACUACCUGGCUCAAAUACGUCCAUUCUAUUUGUUGCACCGAUCAUCUCCAAAGUUACUCAACGGACACGACAGAGUGCUAGUCUAACUCGUGUCAAACAAUGGUUAGAUAGACAAUGGGAGGUAGCGAAUCAUUCAUCGUCAGUGAUCUAUGUCUCCUUUGGUUCAUGGACAUUUCUUCAACCGAUUCAAAUUAUCGAGAUAGCUCGUGCUCUUAAACCUUACGCUUUUAUUUGGUCACUGAAAACAAAGUUACAAUCUCAUCUUUCAACUUUAUUCAAUGGUGAUGAACAACAUUUGUUUCUCGAUUGGAUUCCUCAGCGAUUCGUCCUCACACAUCCAGCUGUCCGUUUGUUUGUGUCGCACGGUGGUUGGAAUAGUUUACUCGAAAGCAUGAUAAAUGGAACGCCUACACUUGUUUGGCCCCUAUUUGGAGAUCAAAUACUCAACGGAUAUCGUCUGGAACACGAGCUUGGAAUGGGGCGUUGGAUAGANAAAAGCAAAGUCAAUCCUGUUUACGAAGAGUUGCUCUACUAUCAGCAGUACGUACUGAAUAUCGGUAAUUAUAUUCUUGUGCAAGACACCCGUCUAUCAAGCAAAUGGCAUACGUUAUAUUGCUCCGCGUCAAAAUACGAUGGACCUUGUAAUGGACCACAAGAAGGUCUGAAUUGGUUUUUGAAGAACGAAGGCCAAGGACGGUUUGCUAUAGAUCACGGCAAGGAAUAUUUAUUUAGUACACAUCAUAAAGGAUGGGUGAAACGUACUGCGUAG